GCAGAGGAGCGAGCGGACCGCCGUGGAGCUCUGGACCCGAUCUGAUGCCCUCCUGUUUGUUCCUGGCGGACUCCGACAGUGGCUGGGAGCGCCGCUGCCGCUGGACAUGAGAGGACUGCCGCUGCCGGACGCCCAGCCCGCCGCCGUGGGAAUCCACUCUGCUCUCAGGGCCACAGGGGAAGCUUGAUCUCAGAGACACGAUAUUGGACAAUUUCUGCAGAUAUCUGGAGCGUGAACAGGAGGACCAUCUUGUUGGAUUAAGGCCAUUUUUGACCUCAAGCUCCCCGAUGAAGACGCUCGUCCUCUGCCUGCAGCUGCUCCUCCUGGCGGCCCAGACGCUCGUGGCCAGCGGACAGCUGGACCCAGAGAAGCAAGUGGCUCCGGGCGUGACCCCGAGGCCCGGGCUGGCGGAGAGGGACGUGCCGGCCCCGGCAAGGCUCAACAUCACGGCGCCGCGCCGCCGCGCCCCCCCCAUGUGCUCCGGGCCCACGGAAAUCAGGGACACCUUCAAGUACAUCAACACGGUGGUGUCCUGCCUGGUGUUUGUCGUCGGCAUCAUCGGAAACUCCACUCUCCUGAGGAUUAUCUAUAAGAACAAGUGCAUGCGCAAUGGGCCCAACAUCCUGAUCGCCAGCCUGGCUCUCGGAGACCUGCUGCAUAUCAUCAUCGGUAUUCCCAUUAAUGUUUACAAGCUCCUGGCGGAGGACUGGCCGUUCGGGGUGACUCUCUGCAAGCUGGUGCCGUUUGUCCAGAAGUCCUCGGUGGGGAUCACGGUGCUGAGCCUGUGCGCUCUGAGCAUCGACAGGUAUCGCGCCGUGGCCUCUUGGAGUCGUAUCAAAGGAAUCGGGGUUCCGAAAUGGAUGGCGAUCGAAAUAGCGCUCAUCUGGAUAAUAUCCAUCGUCCUGGCCGUUCCAGAAGCCGUCGCCUUCGACAUGAUCACCAUGGACUACAAAGGGGAACACUUGAGGAUCUGUCUGCUGCACCCCAUGCAGAAGAGCGACUUCAUGCGGUUUUACAAGUCAGCGAAGGACUGGUGGCUGUUCGGAGCGUAUUUCUGCUUGCCGCUGGCCUGCACUGCUGUUUUCUACACCUUGAUGACCUGCGAGAUGCUGAGAAAGAAGAACGGCGUUCAGAUUGCCCUCAGUGACCACCUCAAACAGCGGCGGGAGGUGGCCAAGACCGUGUUCUGUCUGGUUCUGGUCUUCGCUCUGUGCUGGCUGCCUCUCCACCUCAGCCGGAUCCUCAAGCUCACCAUCUACGACGAGAAAGAUCCGAACCGCUGCGAGCUGCUCAAUUUCUUCUUGGUCCUGGACUACAUCGGCAUCAACAUGGCGUCCGUGAACUCCUGCAUCAACCCGAUCGCCCUCUACAUGGUCAGCAAGCGCUUCAAGACCUGCUUCAGGUCCUGCCUGUGCUGCUGGUGCAUCCCGGCAGAGCUGCUGAUGGACGAGAAGCAGUCCUGCAUGAAGCUGAAAGCCACCGACCGGGGCUCCGAACAGAGCAACUCUCGACUGACCAACAAAUCCACAACAGCCUGAGGACUGGCGCGAGCCGCACGAGAGACAAGAGGAGGAACAACAAGAAAAAUCAUCCGUAUGUUAAAGCAUGGCCGAGUGAGGGUGGACGGCCCCUUCGCCCUGUCCACAGAUGUGCUUUUGGACGUCAGUCCUCACUGAAACACUUCUACUAUCCACGCAGCGCAGCGCAGGCCGAGCGUCCGAGGAGACAAAAGCAUGAACACACUUCGAAAGCUGCGUGCAUGAAGAAAUAGCAAACAUGAAGCCCUGGCCUCAGGCGGCGCGCGGCGAGUUUUGAUCAGUGUGGGGGGGGGGUGGUGAUGGUGGAGAUCAAAGCCAGCUG